AUGACUUUAUGUAAUGCGAAUCGAUAUAAUCCAUACGGUUAUCUUGAUUUAAACAUUCUUACUGAAUAUGCUGAAUAUGCAAAUAGUUUAUGUGAAUUUGUUUUAAAUACAAUUGUAAUUGAUUAUGUUGUACGAAUAUCAAUAAGAAAUAAUAAUAAAAAUUUAUUAAAUAAUACACAGUUAACCAAUUCAACUUGUAUAUCUUUAUAUAAUAUUAAUUUAGAUACUGAUUUUAUACCUUAUGGAGAAAAAAUGCGUCGUAUUUGUGCCAUGUCUAAAUCAACAUUCUAUGAUAUGAAAACAACUCGAUUAAUUCAUCCAUCAUGGAUUGUACGAUUUUCACCUAAUUAUAGACGAGUAUUACGUGUAUUUGCAUGUAAUCUUCGUCAUUUAGUUAAAAAAAUAGGUACAAUUGAAGGAUAUGUUACUAAAGCAGAUUUAAAUGGAGAAAUACUUCGUUAUCAUGCUGUAUCAGCAGCAUUAACAACAGUUAAAUAUGAUCUUGUAACAUUAUAUGUUACUAUUCGUUCUGGUAGUCUUAUGGCAAUGAAAACAUCUUUUUUAUAUCCAAUUUUAAGUGAUACACAACGAUGGUUAGCCUAUUCAUACUAUCAAAUAAAAAUGAUUCUUGCAUCUUUUCCUGGUUCAAGUGUUAAUCGUCAUUCAAAUAAAAAAGUAUCAAAUAUACAAAUAAAAAAUGAUAUUCAAUCAUUAAAUAUAAUAAAUAAGAAAUUAGAAAAAUCUAUUGAACAAUCUGAAACAAGUUCAAAUAAAAAUAAAACAGAACAAUUGACUAUCAAUCAAAAUUUAUAA